GGAAUACUUUAUUACACGUGGGCCACCUCCAUGUGAAGGUUGUGUGCGUACCCAUGGCAUUUCCCUUGCAAAUAUGGGCAACUGACUGGGUCAAUGUCAAAUUUCCCCUCCUCAGUCGUUUGCGGAGUCGAGCAAACUCCAUUUCUUCAUCUCAUUCUCGCUGGAGAAAUUGCUAUCUGAAUUGUGUCUGCGAAUCCAAAGAGUUUCAAACUCACACGAAAAGAGGGAUAAAAAUAAAGAUAAAGAGAAGAAGAGAAAUGGGUAGAAGAUGGGGCUUGGUGGUUGUGGUGGUUGCAGUAUUGGGUGUGGUUAUGAUGAGGACUCGGUUGGGGAAUCAGCUGGGUUGGGACAGAAGCAAACACUCGGCCCUGAUGAAAUGGUUGAGUGACAUGACCGAUCGACUGGGUUACUGGGCUAUCCCUGCAUACGUCGGAGUCCACACUCUGACAUUGGCGCUUUGCCUGCCAUACGCCGUCUUCUUCGAGGCCGGGGCUUCCGUGCUGUUCGGAUUUUUGCCCGCACUGCUAUGCGUCUUCUCUGCCAAGAUUCUUGGGGCCUCCCUCUCCUUUUGGAUCGGCAGGCUUAUCUUCAGAAGUUCUAGCUCUGCAGCGAAAUGGACUCAGAGAAAUAAGUACUUUCACCUGCUUUCCAAGGGAGUGGAGCGAGAUGGAUGGAGAUUUGUUCUUCUUGCCCGUUUCUCACCUGUGCCAUCCUACGUAAUUAACUAUGCAUUGGCUGCAACAGAGGUUUCGUUUCUUGUGGAUUUUUUGCUUCCAACAGCAAUUGGCUGCCUACCCAUGAUCUUGCAAAAUACUUCUAUUGGCAGCCUUGCAAGUACUGCUGUAGCUUCAGCGUCUGGCUCACAGAGAUCCCAGAUCUGGUCAUAUGUCUUUCCUCUUCUUGGGAUCUUAUCAAGCAUUCUCAUCUCUUUGAGAAUAAAAAAAUAUUCAACUGGUAUCACUGCUUCUGAAAACUCUACUUCUGAGGACAUGCAUGGCAUUACUAAUGAUGUGGAUUCAACUAAAAAGUUGUCCUAAAGAAGAAGGGAAAAAGGUGACGUCAACUUAAGGUCAUAGAAAACUAACUGUAGUCCAUGAAUGUGGCAAUUGGAGUUCUCGAGUGCUCUAAUCUCAUUAUAUGGGAAGCAAUGGUAAAUUUUGCUUAGUCUUUGGUUGUAUUCAGUUGAUCUUGUUCAACUUGUCAUUUUCUCUCUUGCUCGAAGAUUUCUUACAUUUUAUAAAUUAACAUGAUUAUCUCUCGUUUCAACUCCUUUAUAACAUAACUCAAAUAACUAUAUGAUGCAA